AUGAAAUUCCGCGCUGUAAUGAUAGAUGCUGGGCCAAUGAGGGAAUUUUCAAAUGUUGUAACAAUUAUAUCGAAAUUAUCUAAGGAAUGUGUGUUAAGAUUGAGUGAUGAUUUGAUAUAUUUUAUUGUGAGUGAAGAGAAUAGUGGGCCGAGUCCGCCUGUGUUAUGGUGUGAAAUACCGCAAGCGAUGUUAUGCUCAGAAUACCAGUUGAUCGGUCUAGAUGAAGAACAUAAAGACAUUUAUUUAGCUUUAAACUCAGGUAAUUUAGCGAGGUCACUAGUCACAUUGAAAACAGCUAAGUCAUUAAAGAUGAAACUCACUAAGAAACAGUGUCCAUGCCUAACUUUAGAAAUUGAAUCUCCUUGCACAGUAUCACAGCAGACUCGCCAAGUAACUCAUGAUAUACCCGUGACAGUGGUCCCUAGAAAGCUAUGGAGCGACUACCAUGAGCCAAGGGUACCGGAUCCUGAUAUAUCAAUAGAAUUACCGCCUCUAAAGCAACUCCGGACGACCAUAGAUAGAAUGAAAACUAUGGCAUCAGAUGUAGUCAUCAGAGCAUCUGCUGAAGGAAGACUAACAUUACAAAUUAAGACUGAUAUGGCUAAAGUCUCCACGCGGUUUAAAGGGCUGAGGGUGGAAGCUUUUGGAGGGCCCAUAGAACAUUCAGAUUCAGAAACGGAGACUCAAAUAAACGAAGAUAUGUCUCGAGUAUGUUACUGUCGUCUCGAUGCUAAGAAGUUAUCAAUGUUCCUUAGCGCAGAACAAAUAUCUACCAACAGCACAGUUUGCAGUAUAGUGCAUAAGAAAUUAGUGAUUCUAUGUUUGCAAACAGAUGAGAAUAUAAAACUACAAUGUUUUAUAAGUGGAAUUGUGUAUUGA